UCGCUACCGUACAGCAUUUGGGAGGUUUUGCUUUCGAACGCAGGAGGGCAGCGGCGACCCACGUACUCCCCCCACCCGCACACCCCGUGCAUAUACAUUUCUGGUGAAGUGGGCAAAACUGUGACAAACAACGGAAAUUUAGCAUACUUUUAUGAGUUCCGAUUUGGACAAAUCGUGCGGCCAGGCCACGUCUAGAAAUCAAACAUCAGAAUUGAAUCGCACAGUGCGAGACUUGUGCAACUUCAACGAAAAUGUGACCCAAUUCAAAACGCGAUUUCUCGGAACGCGUGUGUACAAGCUGCAUUUGAUAUAAAAACGAUUUAGCCACGCCAAAUCCAACAGCAACCACAAACAACAACAACAACAUCAACAACGAUAAAUAAAUAGAUAUAUAAAAUAUGAAGCUCUCUGACACAAUGGCUACGCCAAUAGAAGAAAAGCUCGAUCAAAACCUUAAGGUACGUACUGGCAUGGUCCAUGUCAGCGAUGGCAAAAGCAGACCGGAACCACUUCGUCUUAACCUCACAAUGGAGCUGCUUUCGCUCCAAAAGCUAGAAAUCGUAACGCCAAGCAGUUGCCAUCCGAAUGGACCGCCCAUGGAAUCAAAGGAACGAAUGGUCCAGAUUACGCGCCAGAAGCAGAGUGGCCUAGGCCUGAGCAUAAAAGGAGGAGCGGAGCACAAGCUACCGAUAUUGAUAUCGCGGAUCUACAAGGAUCAGGCGGCGGCCAUCACGGGCCAGCUGUUCGUGGGCGAUGCCAUCAUCAAGGUGAACGGGGAAUAUAUCACGGCCUGUCCGCAUGACGAUGCUAUCAAUAUAUUGAGAAAUGCCGGGGAUAUUGUCGUCCUAACAGUGAAGCACUAUCGAGCCGCAACGCCCUUUCUACAGAAGCAAUUAACCAAAGAUACACCUGACUCUGACAACGAUGCCACCUGUGCCGAACUGAAGGCAGACGAGGGCUACAAAUCAUCCGUCAACAGUGGAACAAUCAGCCGCAGCUGCAGUCGUCCCAUGUCCAUUUGCUCCGAACCGGAGAAGCGCUGGACUGAUGUUGUGGCAGUACCCCUGAUGAUGGCCUACGUAACGAGAUACAUUUACGGAACCGACAAACUGCGACCCAAUGCCUUCGAAGUGCGUGGCCUCAACGGGAUCACCACGGGGGUCAUUCACGGCGAUGAAUUGGCCAUCCUCAGUCAAUGGCUCAAGUUGAUCACCGACAAUGUGGUAGGCCUAACGCAUCUACAGAUGAAGCUGUACAAUCGAAACUUUGCGGUGGGAGAGCGCAUCGAGUACAUGGGGUGGGUGAACGAGGGCGUCAUCAACAACAAUAUAUCCUGGCAGAGCUAUAAGCCCAGAUUUUUAUUGCUGAAGGGCACCGAAGUGAUGCUGUUCGAAGCCCCACCAUUGAAUGUGGCUGGGAUCACUAAGGCUUUGGUGGUCUACAAGGUGUAUCAGACCAUGUUUCGCAUUGUCAAGGAGUCCGAGACCGUAGACAGUCGCCAGCACUGCUUUCUACUGCAGAGUUCGGGUCACGAGCUUCGGUAUCUGAGCGUGGAGACCCGCCAGGAGUUGCUGCGCAUUGAGAACAGCUGGAAUGCGGCCAUCCUGACCAGUGUUAUCAAAUUGGGUCGUAAGACCUUUGCGGUGUCGCAUCAUGGAAAGAGCGGCGGACUAACCCUGGACUGGCAGGCCGGAUUCUCUCUCACCGAGGGCGCCGAACCCGCUGUGGUCUGGCACUACAAGUUCUCCCAAUUGAGGGGCUCCAGUGACGAUGGCAAGUCCAAGUUGAAGCUUCACUUUCAGGAUCACGAUAGUCGAGCAAUCGAAACCAAGGAGUUGGAGUGUCAAGUCCUGCAGAGUCUGCUUUUCUGCAUGCAUGCGUUCCUCACAGCCAAAGUGGAUUCAGUGGAUCCGGCAUUCUUGAGCUCAAUUCAGCAGACCUAAAAUGCUUAAUCAAGGAACAAAAGAUAAUUCACAAGGAUAUAUAUUCGUAAAGUGCAUAGCAAAUGAUUCGAAUAUGAGUGUUGGACUAAGUAUCAUAUACACAAUGUCGGACUGUACUUCUUAUAAACAAGUACGCGUAAAGGUGUUGAUUGGAUAUUGAUAUGAUUAUGGAUAUACUCGUACUUAUAGCGCUGAUAAAACUGAAAGUGAAAUCUCUUGGUGCAUUACAGUAACUUUUAAGCAUACAUAAGGCAAUUACUUUAGGCAUUUUUCCUAUUACGUAGACUUCAUACUUGACAAUUGAAUAGAAGUUGAUAUUAUUUACCAGCGAUUGUUUCUAUAUCUAGCCUUUAUAGUUGAAUUAAUUACCUAAUAAGUCACCCAGAGAUUGUCAGAAUCUUGGAGAUAUGAAAGGAAGCCAAACACCUGGAUUCGAGCUUGGAAUGGGGUGAAGGGGAAGGUGGCGCAGGUUCUUAGAUAAUUAUGCUAUGAUAGAUAGGAACCUUUGCAAUAACAUGCAUUUAAACUUUUUGCGCAAUUCAGAAACCCUCGCGUCACCUUCUUUCUUUAAAGAAGGUUCUCAAUACAGCCUCAAAGGCUGUUCGGAGCAGAACCCAGCCGAUUAGCUGCUUGCCAAAUAGCACCUAAUUCUUGGCCCUCAGCCGCU